AUGAGCGAUCCACACGGCGAGAUCUGUCGAGUCCCCCCGACCCUCGAAAUGCCCCCGCAACCCAAGCCAGCGCGAGGGCCUUCUCCACCUCCCCAACGGCGGCCUGUUACCUACUACAAGUCCGGCGCUCUCUUCACGCACGACCAAUUUCUCCGAUAUCUCCUGGUCGGCUCGAUCGCGGCCUUUAUGCUCCUCUUCGUAGGCCUCUUCGUCGAUUGA